AUGGAUCCCGAAGACACCAAGACGUCGGUCAAACACCAAGUGUCCCACACAGCAAAGGCGGCGGCCGUCCAAAAGCGCGCCGAGGGCCGGGCCAAAGUCCUGCCCAAAUUCAGGGACAGCUUCAAGCAUUUUUUCUUCUCACCCACUGGAGCGUUGAAGAUCCUGAGGCUGGGUCUUCUCAUAGGAGCAUUAGCUUGUUUCAUCACUGCCACAGCCCAUGAGUCGUAUAUAGCAAUCACAAUUCUGGAAAUCUGCAUCGUUCUUUUUUUUAUUCUAUCAUAUAUGCUAACCCUUCACCACUUGGUGACUUAUUUAGAUUGGCCCUUACUAGAUCUUAUCAACAGUCUCAUUACAGCUGUGUUCCUUUUAAUAGUUGCUGCCUUGGCGAUACAAGAAAAGGAAAGAAGGCAUUUAUUCUAUGUUGGAGGGUCCCUGUGUCUCACGGCGGCAAUCGUGUGUCUCAUCAGUGCGACUCUGGUCACCAAGAAGAUGAGGAAUGAGGUGAAAAAAGUUCUGGGAAUCAAAAUCGAAACUAGGCCCGUCCCCGCCCAAGCACCCACCCUGGCACCCUCACAGGCACCUUCAAAGACCCCUCGAAGACAACCACGCGAGCAUCCUCAAAGCCAACCGGAUCCGAAGGCGGGAGCAGCGGCUACAGCCCUGGGGCCACCUUGCGAGGCCUCGCUAGACGGUGAGAGGAGCCCAGCGCGCAAGUGGGACCCCCGCGGUGGCCUGGAGGUGGGGCGAGGACUCUUGCGUGGAGGGUGGGCGGACCCGGUGGGCGGACCCGGCGGCCGUGGGUACCUGGAACCCGCUCUGGUGCUCGCGGAGAGCCCGGCCCGGCCCAUCGUGCGCGCAGGGGAGACUCGCGUGGUGAGACGGGGCGCGCGCUGA